AUGGCGCUAGAUCCACCUCCAAGGAAGCGUCGACGUAUCGCUGUCGUUCAGGACACAGUCAUCUGCAGACUUUCGGACGACGUACUCCUGCACAUAUUCGGCUAUUUGGACGUGCUCUCUGUGCUGAGGUCUUCUCGCACCUGUCGACAGUGGCACAGACUAGCCGCUGAUCGAACACUCUGGCAACAUGUUGACGUAACUCGCUUCAAAAUGGAUACAAAGCGCCUAUGGAAGUUCAUAAGACGGCACGGCUCAGAUAAGAUGAAAUCUUUAAGUGUUCGAGGCUUGGCAACUGAUCCUGCAAAGCUUGGUAAGAAGAAAGCUGUGUUGAUUUCAUCGUCUCUAGCAGCAGACAUCAACAGCCGAUGUUCCAAUCUUGAGCAUCUUCAUCUGUUUAACUGUGAUCUGCGUGAUCUCCAACUUUCCAACCUUCCUACAAUGAAACUAAGAACAUUACACCUACACAAUUGUGUUCUGUCUGCCAACUGGCUUCAAGUGGAUAUUGAAGUUGAAGGGAGACGAGGGAGACGAGAAUGCAUUCUACCACAUCUCAACACUCUCAACUUGCACCAGUCUGCUAUGAUAGCAAGGUAUGAUUUGAUCCAGAUUACUUACCUAUCACAGCUAAAGCACCUUGAUCUCAGCCAAUGCUAUCGUGUUGAUGACCAAGGUUUAAUGACUGUUUCUGAACAUGUACCUGGUAUUGUGUAUCUUAAUAUAUCUGGAUGCACUAGAGUCACUGAUGCGUCAAUGCAUAGAGUCGGUCGACAUUUGAAUCAACUGAGAGUAUUGGAGAUGAAAAACCUGUUCAGACUGACUGAUCUGGGCAUAAGUUGUAUUGCAAACAUGUGCCACAAACUCGAGGUACUGGAUAUCAGUCUGUGUACUGCUGUCUCUGAUGCUUCGGUGAUGGAACUUGCCACGAAACUCAGUCAACUGAAGAAGUUGAAUGUGUCUCUGUGUCAUCAGCUUUCAGACAAUUGUCUUGAAUCAAUCUCGUUACUCCUACCUUCAUGUCUAAUUAUCACAAAAAUGACAACUGACUGAUUGAAUACUACAUUCUAUUUUUGUAUUUCUGCUGUGCAAGCACAGUAUACGUGACUCUGUGGUCCUUUGGUAAUAAACAUAUAAAAGCUGAGGCAAUUUGGAAUUCAUUUGUACUCAACGACAUACAUUAAUGCAUCUACA